AUGCCUCCAAUUUCGGUGCAUCAAUUAAAUCCGAAGCCCAUUACGACAAGCGCAACUGGUGUCCAGAACAAUGUGAUCGAAGUGAAAGAAUCCGAUUUCGAUGUUCUGACAGCGUUGUCCUAUGAUAUGGCUAGUUCCCGCAGUGGUGCCACUCCUGAGGAUAAUCCUAACGGAACAGGGAAUACACCGGGCACACCACAACGAGGAGAAUCGACCGGACAUGAGAACGUCAUUACCUCAGAAGCAGACACUGCGUUCCUGUCAGGUGGGGGCGGUGGUUCGCCUCCAGGUGACUACGGUCGAGUAAUCCCAGCCAGUCCUCAGGCCGCGAUGCACUUACAGACUGGGAACGCUUCAGGUGUUUCGCCUAGCACUAAUUCCCAUCUACAUUCGUCUGGUGAUUCAAAGAAACCACCUGCACCUCCCCUGCUACCCCCUCAACUGCUUCAGAUUACGGCUUACAUGCACACCGAUCUGAUCUUACGGCAGAUCGGAGAAGUGAAAUCUGCACAUCCCCAUCGACUGGAAACUUUUCGCACACUCCUGACUCUGUAG